AUGAUGUUGAGGGAAGAAAAACUUGUGGCAGUUGGGCUGAUAGCACUCCUCCAUGUCUGCUUCAUCUCAAUCUGUGCUGCCGAUGAAAACCAGACUUGCAGGCCUUCAUCUUGUGGAGAUAUUCGAAAUAUCAGCAACCCUUUUCGGUUAAAGGGAGACCCAUCCGGCUGUGGCGAUCCUAACUAUGAAUUGGUUUGUGAAAAUAAUCGUACCAUGUUGAACCUGUAUAGUGGGAAAUACUAUGUUGCAGAGAUCAACUACAAGAACUACAGCAUUCGGAUAGUGGAUCCUGGGCUUGACAAGGGAGACUGUUUCUCCAGCCCUCUGUAUUAUUUGACAAGAGGAAACUUCAGUUAUGGAGAUCCAUAUGAUUUGCCUUAUGAUUGGAAAUUGAGUAGAACGGUUUUAAUGAAUUGUACAAGUUCAAUCAGUGAUCAUAGCUACAUUCGAAUUAAUCCCUGCAACUCCAGCAGCACUUCAUUUUCAUCACAGGCAUAUGUUUAUGCGCUAGCAGGAGUUUCUGAGGUGGGAGACAUCAAGUAUUCAUGCACAAUAGGCAUGACUAUUUCUACUCGACCAUUGAAGGAAGUUUCUUCAAAGCCCAGGAAUCAAUCAAUGUCAGAAUUGCAAGAAGAGCUUCUUGUGGGACUUGAGAUUUCAUUUCUGCCUUAUCGCUGCAGCAGCGAAUGCCAUAUGGAAGGGCAAUCCUGCUAUAUGAAUUUUAUUGAAAAUACAAUUACAUGUGUCUCCAACAGGGGAUGCGGGGACUGGAGCAGUUGCUUAAAGCCAACUUGGCUAAGGAAAUUCCUCUUUGACUUCCUGUUUCCUUUAAUCGAUGCCAUAUUUUCGGUUGAGCCCUCUCAAAUCUUCAGUGUUAGAGAUUUGCUCAACGAUUUGCCGUUCAGUUUACUUGGCUGGAUUAUCCGAGUGAUCCUUAUAAUUGUGGCUGGAAGAGCUGUGAUUGGGAUGCUAUGCCUAUGUGCCUUUCUGAUUUACAAGUUUCAAAGGAGACACUUAUCAAUGGAUGAUACUCUUGAGGAAUUCCUACAAAGUCAUAACAAUCUCCAGCCAAUCAGGUACUCAUAUUCAGAAAUAAAGAAGAUGACUAAUAAUUUUCAAGAUAAAUUAGGUCAAGGAGGCUUUGGCUCGGUCUAUAAAGGAAAGCUUCGAAGUGGCCAGAUUGUAGCAGUAAAAAUGUUGGUUGUGUCAAAAUCUAAUGGGCAGGACUUCAUCAAUGAAGUUGCUACAAUUGGAAGGAUUCAUCAUGUGAAUGUGGUGCGACUCGUAGGGUUUUGCACGGAAAAAUCAAAAUAUGCUCUUGUAUAUGACUUCAUGGCAAAUGGAUCCCUUGAUAAGUAUGUUUUUCUCGAACGAGAAAAUUCCAUUCCUUUGAGCUGGGAGAGGUUGUAUAACAUUGCACUUGGAGUGGCUCAUGGGAUUGAAUAUUUACAUCGUGGCUGUGAAAUGCAAAUUCUGCAUUUUGAUAUCAAGCCACACAACAUUCUUCUCGAUGAAAACUUCACCCCAAAAGUUUCAGAUUUUGGCCUUGCAAAACUGUAUUCAUCGGAUCAAAAUGCUGUCACUCUCACUGCAGCACGAGGAACGCUUGGAUACAUUGCUCCGGAACUGUUCUACAAAAACAUUGGAGAUGUCUCAUAUAAGGCCGAUGUUUAUAGUUUUGGAAUGUUGUUGAUGGAAAUGAUGGGGAAAAGGAAGUACAUGAAUGCCCGUGCUGAGAAAAGCGAAAUAUUCUUUCCAUCAUGGAUUUAUGACCGGAUUGAUCGAGGAGAAGACAUGGAAAUGGGAGAAGCCACUGAGGAAGAAAAGAAGUAUAUAAGGAAAAUCAUCAUAGUUGCAUUAUGGUGUGUUCAAAUGAAGCCCACUAACCGUCCUUCAAUGAGCAAAGCACUGGAGAUGCUGGAAAGUGAGGUAGAACUCUUGCAGAUGCCUUCCAAGCCUACACUACAUUCCAAGGAUUUGUCAAUGGAGGAUGGUAUGAACAAUCCAAUUGGGGCACCAGUUUCUUCAUGCAAUGGCACAAUGACAAUUAGCUUAGAAGGAAGGUAGAAACACUGUCUCUACUUGCACUCUGUGCUGUAGUCCUGUAAAUUUUCUUGACAUGGAUGUAAGCAUUUUUCUGCUCUUUCUGCUAGAUUCUAAUAUGUACUCAACUGCUAACCACUAAUCAUUUUGUAACCAUACAUGAGGUACUAGCUUAGAUGGCUCUGAAAAAUGGAAUUUGUUAUUCUUUGCUGA